CACCUAUAUCCAAACCCAAUACACAGACAUGGCCACAUAGCCCCCGUCAAAAUUCAACUCCAACUCCAACUCAGUCAAUCGAAACUCCAGAUCUUUUCAUUAAAGAUGCCUGCGGAUUACAACUCAACCGCCCAGGCUCUCGCCCUGUCUCCAGACCGCGGCUCAUCUCCCUCGCCAAGCCGUCCUCCCUGGUCUGCCACGUCCUCGAGCCGCCGUUUAUCGAACCCGCUCAUGAAUCGUCGUCGCGCGAGUAGUAGCUAUGCUGGCGGUGGUAAGACGAGCUUCGUGCGCCGCAUCUGGGGCUCGGUCAAUCUGCUUGGUGAGCAGGUUCUGAAGGUGUAUCUGCGCCUGUCACCUCUUCAGCGGGUUCUUGCCCUUGUAGGCGUUGUCGCAGCGGGUGUGCUUGGCAUUUUGGCUAUUAUCUACUCGCAUGUCUUCUUCAAAUGGCUUGAGCCAAAGGCCGAGCAGUGGCGCGCUCUUCCAGGAGGUUGGACUCUGGCCUUUCUGCUGGUCUUCAUCACUUCGUUCCCUCCUAUUGUUGGAUACUCGACCGCGAGCACAAUCGCGGGUUUCGUGUAUGGGUUUCCCUUAGGCUGGCCCAUUGUUGCAUCCGGAUGUACGGCUGGCGCCCUUUGUGCGUUCCUCGCGAGCAGGACUGUUUUAAGCGGCUAUGUUGAUCGCAUGGUUGGUCGGGAUCAUCGCUUUGUCGCUCUGGGUCAAGUGUUGCGCCAGGAGGGAAUUUGGUAUCUUACGGCUAUCCGAUUCUGUCCACUUCCAUUCAGUUUGAGCAAUGGUUUCCUCGCCACUAUUCCUAGCAUUACACCUCUGGCGUUUACCAUUUCCACAGCAUUGUCAAGCCCCAAACUGCUCGUCCACGUUUUCAUCGGCAGUCGUCUUGCUCUGCUAGCUGAGAAGGGCGAUAAGAUGUCCGCCGGUAGCAAAGCCAUCAAUUAUUUAAGCAUGAUUUUGGGUGCUGCCGUCGGUCUUAUUGUUGGCCUUAUCAUUUACCGUCGUACUAUGGCUCGCGCCGAAGAGCUCGCGCGUCAAGAAGGCCUUGAACCUACAGGUCUAUCAGCUGAGGAGGGCGAGGCUGGCUAUGUAGACUCUGAAAACUCGAUGCUCAUGGAUCCUGAAGAUGCAGCCGUGCUAAUGUCGGACGAUGAUAUUUCACUGUGGGGAAGAGAUGGUACAGAGGGCAGAUAUCACGAUGAUGAUGAAGAGGAUGAGGGAGACACCAAUAAGAGGGGGAACCAAGGGUAUGAAGUCACAUUCUAACGGGAAGCUCGACUCAAGUUGGGAAUAGUAAUGACAAGAUCAUUCGAUACUAAGGUGCGGAUAUUGGGACACGGCUCGGUUAUAUUGAUUAUACAUUUUUAAAUGGACUAGAAGGCGUUUUGGACAUCUUAAUAAUGGAGGAUUCCUGGCCGUCAGUAUUCGGGAGUCAUUGGGAUAAUAGAGGGCGAUCAUGCGUUUGAAUCAACUGCUUUUUCAAAACCAC